AUGGACAACGGUAUCGACUACGAGGCCCUGGGCGUGGACCGGCGCCAGAUCCGCCUCGUCCGCCUGCCCCCCGCGCCAGCAGCCGACUCCCCCCUCGACUGUGCGCUUGAGACCUUCACUCGAAGGACCUGCCCGGACUAUGUGGCCCUCUCCUACACCUGGGGCUCUGAAGCGAGCACCAGACCCAUCACCAUCAACGACAAGGCGUGCCGGGUGAGCCCCACCGUCGACCAGGCCCUCAGGGAGAUCUGCCGCCGCGGCGAUGUCUCCUACCUCUGGGUCGACCAGAUCUGCAUCAACCAGCGCGACAAUGAGGAGAAGAACGAGCAGGUCCUGCAGAUGCGGCACAUCUACAGCGACGCGCACUCUGUCAUCGCCUGGCUCGGCCCCUCGUUUGACGGGUGCGAGGCACUCUUCAAGCACCUACGGAGGAUGGGCAACGGGGUGAAGAACCGCAACUGGGACGCCCUGGAGAUGCUGCACGACGACGAGGAGCACCUGAGGGAGGUGAGGAGGGCGUACGACGCGCUCUGCCGGCGGAGCUACUGGAAGAGACUCUGGAUCCUCCAGGAAUUCGCCAUUGCCUCGGACGUGUCCGUCAUGUGCGGGUCGGCCGUACUCCCGUACACCCUCCUGCUGGCUGUCCAGGAGUCGGCCGACAGGGUGAGUGAGGAGAUCGGGAAGCGCCAGACCCCCGGAAGGGACCUCCUGCUGGAGAGGCUGUUCGACAACUACGCCUCCCCCUCGCGGAGUUUCAUGGACAGCGUCAUCACGCGCAGGUCGAGGUUCCGCGCCCAGGGUUACGAGGGUUGGGAGGGCGACCUGUUCUUCCAGGUCCUUACGACCUGCCUGGUGCUGGAGAGGGACUACAACAUCCCACAGACGUCGGACCCCCGGGACCGCGUAUUCUCGCUGCUGUAUCUCGCUGCCGACGUCGAUGAGAUAAAGGAUAUCGUAGAUUACUCCAAGACGUGCGCCGAGGUGUACCGUGACACGGCGCUGGCGCUGCUCAACCAGGGCAAUGUGGAUGUUCUGGCAUACAGCCAGUUUCCCAAGGAGAUCGAGGGCUUGCCAACAUGGGCGCCGGACUGGUGCAUGCCCGUGAAAAACCCGUGCAACCAGGGGCCAUGGUCCAGCAAGUUCUCUGCCUCGGGCAACUCGGAUGAGAAACAGGAAGUCCACGAGAUCAGCCGUGGGCGGCUGAGCAUAAAGGGGUUCUCGGUGGACACGGUGAAGAAGUACGGCAAUGUUUGGGACCCGGACUGGGAGGAGCCGUUGGAUCGAGACGCGGCUCUCGCGUUUAUUGAUGACAUCAAGGAGCUGUGCAAACAAUCGCCGCGAGUACGAGCGAACGAGGAGCUGCUUGAUGCUGUGCGAGUUGCCACAUCGGACGGCGCGCAGUACGGGGAGGAGGACGUGAGUGGCCAGUUAAUCGCCAACUACAUAGCGGAGUUCAUCUGGGCAUACGAUAGGCUGGUCCUGGUCAACCCAAUAGGAGAAGAUGGGAACCCACAGGAGGAUCAACCACCGAGCGACGACGACUGGCUGGUUCGUGCGAUUCACUACCUCCAUUCUCGUCGCCCCUUCUUGACGAGUACGGGGUUUGUGGGCUUGGGACCAUCACACAUGGAAGAGGGGGAUGAGGUAUGUAUUUUCUACGGGGGCAAGACGCCAUACAUGAUCCGGCCAGAGAAGGACGGAGAAGGUUACAGCUUGGUGGGCGAGACAUUUCUGUAUGGGGUGAUGCACGGUGAGGCGCUCAAGGGCGAGGUCAACUCCAAAACGUACAUUCUACAAUAG